AUGGCAUCGCCUUUCCUCAACCCCUACACAAUAAACGACAAACCCACAGACCUCCUCAUAACAGUCCGCUUCUCCGCCUCAAUCCCAGAUCUCCAACUCGACGUGCCAACCCCAGAAUCCACAACAGGCGCAGGCCUAAAGCAAUUAAUCCGAGCGGAGUUGCCCCCGGAUCUCUCAUCACACCGACUCCGCCUCAUCUAUGCCGGCCGCGGUCUGGAAGAUACAGCCGCCUUAACAGUCUCGCUCAAGCUUCCGUCAUCCCCGAGCCGCAGUCCGAGCCCCGCAUUAGAAUCAGAAGACCAAAGUGAAGCAGCAACCGAUAAUGGCCUUGACAAGGACAAGGGCAAGCAGGCAGUGCGUGAUACACGCCCUCGGCUCUACAUCCACUGCUCAAUAGGCGACAUCGCACUCUCAGAGGCCGAUCUAGCCAGCGAAGCAGCGGUUGCUUCAACACUCCUUCUCCAGAAACGAAAAGAGAAGGCAUCCAAGGAUGCUGCGUCGACUCUAUUCCCCCGCUCUGGACAAUCCCAAUCACAGCCACAAUCCCAAGCCCAAGCCCAGCAACACACACCCUCCCAUACAACAACACCCGCACCCCGCGGCUUCGACCGUCUUCUCUCAGCCGGAUUCACCGCGGCCGAAGUCACGGCCCUACGUUCCCAAUUCCUAGCCGUGCAAUCCGUAUCACAUACGCGUGAUACAAUGCCUACGGGUGAUCAGCUGCGCGAUCUUGAAGAUCGGCGAUAG